AACAGUCACCGAUUGAGACGUACUAAGGCGUGUCGUGUCGUAUCUGUGUGUAACGUAACCGUAAUUAAUGUUUAACAAACUAUAAACAUGGUUGUCAAACUAUACGUUAUGGACUUCAGCCCACCAGUGCGUGCGUGCUUGAUGGCUUGUGAGGUCUUGAACGCUCCAUAUGAGAGGGUCGAACUUGACUUAUAUAAACGUGAAAAUCAUACUCCAGAAUAUUUAGCGAAAAAUCCUAUGCAUACAAUCCCUAUUAUGGAGGAUGGAGAUUUAAUCUUACGUGACAGCCACGCAAUCAUGGCUUACUUAUCUGACACCUACGCUAAAGACGACUCCUGGUAUCCAAAAGACGUUAAGAAACGUGCGGCUGUCAAUGACAAACUAUUCUUCAAUGCAUUUGUGGUUUUUAGUAAAUUACGCGUUGUUACUUAUUACGUUCUACAAAAAGGAUACAAGAAGUUAGAACAAGAAUGGUUGGAUCGCAUCGAGGAAGCGUACAGUUUCAUAGAAGCAUUUCUGUCUAAAACUGAGUACAUUGCCGGAGAUGACAUCUCCAUCGCAGAUUUAGCACUUUUCAGUAAUGUGUCUUCUCUAGAACACAUGCAGCCUAUUGAUACUACAAAAUUCCCUAAAACGAUCUCCUGGUUGGACAAAAUGAAAGCAAAGCCAUUUUCUAAGAAACACAACGAAAAAGGUGUUAAAGACCUCGAUAAAUAUAUUAAGGAUUGUGAUAUGGGUGUGAAAUUAUACGCUGCAGACUUCAGUCCGCCGGUGCGCUCCAGUAUGAUGGCUCUCGAUAUCUUCAACGUACCAUUUGAGAAGAUAACACUCGAUUUAUUAAAACUAGAACACCAUGAUCCAAAAUAUGUAGAGAAAAACCCGAUCCACACGAUCCCGGUAUUAGAGGAUGGAGAUUUGACAUUGCAUGACAGUCAUGCAAUAAUGGCGUACCUUGCUGACACGUACGGAAAGGACGACUCAUGGUACCCAAAAGAUAUCAAAAAACGAGCGCUGGUUAACCAAAAGCUAUUUUUCACCACAGGUGUCAUUUUCCCGAGGUUACGAAUCAUCACAUACUAUCUACUACAAAAAGGAAGAAAAGCUAUAGAGCAAGAAUGGCUGGACAACAUUGAAGAAGCUAUUGGUUUUGUGGAACAGUUCUUAUCCCGGACUAAAUUCAUUGCCUUGGACCAUGUCACCAUCGCUGAUGUUGCUGUAUUAAGUCAUCUGUCUUCUGUGGAACCUAUUCUACCAAUAGAUCCGGAAAAAUAUCCAAAAACGGUUGCCUGGUUAGAAAUAAUGAAAGCGACGCCAUAUUGCAAGAAAUAUAACGAAGAAGGCGUAAAAUCUCUUACUGCAAUCAUUAUGCACGCUAUUGGUAAAAAAUAAAUAAUUUUGAUAUAAGUAUUUAUCGUCAUAAGUUACAAUAUGUAUGAUUAAGAAUAAGUAAUAAAAGUUAUUUGAGUAACAAUA